AUGUUCUUUAUGGUAAUUAUCUUUGUUUUUCAGUCGAGACAUCAGCUAGAAAUCGACCAAGCCGAUCUGAAGUCUCAAAACAACGAACUCAUCGCUAACAAUGCCGCCCUUACCGCAAUGAAGCGCAAAGUUGAAAACGACGUCCAAAUUGCUAGAAAUGAACUGGAUGAAUGUCUCAAUGAACUCAAAGCUUCGGAAGAACGCUCCCGCAAGGCAGCCGCCGACGCUGACCGUUUGGCCGAAGAGGUUCGACAGGAACAGGAACACGCUGCUCAUGUAGAACGACAAAGAAAGGGAUUGGAACUUACCGCGAAAGAACUCCAGGCCAAGAUAGAAGAAGCCGAGAGAGCCAUGCUUCAAUUCGGUCAAAAAGCCUUAUCCAAGGUUGAAGAGAAAGUCCGCCAAGCUUCCGCUCAAUACCAUGCUGAAGUUCGUCGCCAUCAAGAAGCCCUCAAGGGCUUAACUAAACAGGAUCGACGUUCCCGAGAACUCCAGUUCCAGGUAAAGUUAGCCUUUCUGCUCGGCUCCGCGACUUUUCCUACAUAUCUCAGCUGUCACCUACGCUUCUUUAUUGCUGGUACGCAUAAGUCGUUGUGCCUUCCCUAUUGGUGUGGUCCAGCCCCCUCCCCUUAA